AUGGGGCGCAAGAAGCUCGCGAUGCGGCGAAUAGAGAACCCGACCUCCCGUCAAGUAACGUACGCGAAGCGCAAGGAUGGCAUUGUCAAAAAGGCCAACGAGCUGUCCGUCUUGUGCGACACGGAUGUUGCCCUAAUCAUGUUUUCGCCCACCGGCCGCCUCACUAGCUUCGCUAGCAACGGAAGGGUUGAGGAUAUCUUCCUUCGUUUCGUUGACAGGCCUGAUGAGCUAAGAGGAGGGCCUAUUAAUAAUGAAGAGGAUCUUGAAGAAAAACUGGAUAAACUCAACAGGAAACAACGUGAGUCACAGGAGAAAAUGAGGUAUUAUGAACCUGAUAUAGAGAAAAUCAAUUCAGUUCUGGAAGGUGGAGUGUACCAGCAGUUCCUCACAAGCGCCCUUCAGCGUAUACAAUUGUCCAAGGCCAAAUUGCUAGGCAACCAACUUAUUCAUGAAAGGAAUGAAAAUGCUGAGAUGCAGGCAGCAACAGUCCAGAUGGAGGAUGCUGUUUCAGUGACUGAUCACUCUAUUGAUGGGAACCAAAAUGGGAUGAAUUCAAUGAGGGAUAUUGAAGAUCAGAAUGGAACAAGCUUAUCAAUGGGGCCUCAUCUAAGUCUUAGCUUCAUAGAAGCACAAAAGCAUUUCAAGAAGCUGCAGGGAAGUGAGCUGAGCACUCCAAGUUUUGACAAUUAUAAUUGA